AUGGACUUGUACAUCUCAAAUCUUGAUGCGAGGCUCACCAAGGAAAAGUUGAGAGAGUCGCUCGCCCAUCUCCUAGCCCGGUUCGACAUGGAUGUGUUCGAAGUUCGAAAGGCUGUCGGCAGACCGUUCGCUACGCUGACAAUAUUAGAUGCCUCCAAAGGUAACAGUCUACUUGCUCAGGCUCAGGUGACUCCAAACCUUCUCCUGUCUCCCUCCGGCCGUGCUGCAGCAUUUUCAGUCAGCAGAAAACCGAUCGAUCAACACUGGUUGCGGGUCCUUCGCAAAGAAGAAAAAGAUCGUCAGAGCUCUGAGGCAUGGCAAAAAUUUGCGAAUAUCGGUGAGAAAAGUAAGGCACUUGAGCCAAGGUCAAGCCUGGAGAUUACGACUCUACAGUGUGGACGAUUUGAAACAAGAAGUCAAAGACCUGUAUUCACACCUUAUUUCACUUGCAACAUACAGGGAAGAUUGACAAGAACUGGACGAGCAUUGGUGAUAUCCUUAGACUCCUUAUCCGGAAAGUCGUAUGAUCUGGUCAUAGACCUGUCGUCCAUCCUAGCAUUGGCUGGCACAGGCUCUGGCACGUCAAGUACUCUGAUGGUCACUCUUGGCCUCUCACCGAGGCUUUACGAGGAUAUGACACGUGCCGCUGAGGGUCCCCUUUUGGAGGCUUUUGGUGCGAUGGCUCUAGGAGUCCCUGCGAUCAGAAGAUUUCGUGACAGCACAUUACCAGGGUUGAGUGCUGCAGUCAUCGGUAGUUGUUUGACUUACAGCAUCCGGUUGUCGACCAGUCUGAAGGAUUUGGAGCAUCGAAUCAAGUCGAUGGUGUUUCAAACAAUCCCCAUAACGAUACGACCUGCCAAGUAUCCCGCCCUACCUGCCGUCCAAUUCUCAGAGCAGAUAGACAGCUUAAAGACUCGGGUUUCUAAAAUGGGGUUCUCCUUUGCCUGCAUGUUCCAAAUCCAUGCACUAUGGACGAAUGGUUUGUUGGCUCCGGCUGAGGUCACCUAUCUUCUUCCAGCCAUGAAUGUCUUUCGAAAUCGAUCGGGCGAAGCUGCGCUGAUAACAGCUCUACGAAAAUAUCAGGUGCAACUCCCUCAGCCUGAUGCUUCCACCGAUUGCAAGACUGCCGGCGUCAGACGCAUACGGGACAACCUAACUUCAGCCGACCUCAACUCAUUCGAGAAGGACAGUCUGUACACCUCUAACCGCGACGAGGUCUCGAUCCAUCGUGUUACAGUUACUCCUACAGGCGCCUAUCUCUAUGGACCAGAGCUAGUUGCGACUAACCGAGUAUUACGGCAAUACCGUGCGCAUGCUGACUGCUUCCUGAGGGUCAUUUUCUCCGAUGAAAAUGGAGAACGGCUUGAGUUUGAGCGGGACACCUCUAAUGAGCGUAUUCUGCAGGGUCGAUUUCUGUCGCUCUUACGGAGAGGUCUGGACAUUGCUGGGACCCACUUCGACUUCCUCGGAUUUUCACAUUCGUCGCUGAGGUCUCAAAGUUGCUGGUUCAUGCGACCCUUCAUUCAUGAAGGUUCAUUAUUGUUCGCCAAAGAACUCAUCAGCAAGUUGGGAGACUUCAGUGAAAUCAGGUCUCCAGCCAAGUGCGCAGCGCGUAUCGGACAAGCUUUUUCGGAGACCUCAUCUGCAGUACGUGUGAACGAACGGAUCGUCCAGGUUGAUCCCGACAUUAAAAAUGGGGACUACAUCUUUACAGAUGGUUGCGGCACCAUGUCCAAAUCGACGUGGAAGCUUUUGAGGGGGAAUAGUCGACUGAAAGACCAGCCUACGUCUUACCAAAUUCGAUACAAAGGAGCUAAAGGGAUGCUCACAGUCGACAGCCGUCUUGAUGGUGAACAAAUCCGACUUCGAGAGUCCAUGGUCAAAUUCCGCGGUAGCCCUUCUGACGAGCUUGAGAUCUGUGGCACCAAUGCAAGAGCAUUACCUUUCAAGCUGAACCGUCAGAUUGUUAAAAUUCUAGAGGAUCUUGGGGUACGUGAUGAGGUCUUCGAGAAACUUCAGGAACAAGCUAUAGAGCGGCUGCGAUUGAGUGCAUCUUCCAGAUCUGUCGCUUUGGAUUUCGUCAGUCAACAACUCUCGGACAGUGCGAGUGGUUUGCCCACACUUCUCCGAUACCUAGCGCGCAUCGGGGUUGAUGCGACAGAGGAUGACUUUCUACGAGAGAUCCUAGGAGCACUGCUGCAAAUUCAAUUGCGGGAGAUCAAGUACCGAACCCGAAUCCUCGUCCCCAUGGCAAACACACUUUACGGUAUUAGCGACGAGACUGGUUGGCUCAAGGAAGGGGAGGUCUUUGUAACAUUCAUCGACGAAAAGACCAAGGAUCAUUGCUGUCUCAAUGGAUCUGUGGCCGUCACACGGUCACCUGCUCUGCAUCCUGGUGAUGUGCAAGUCGUCCAAGCAAAGGCACCUCCAAAGGACUCUUCACUAUGGGAUUUGCGCAAUUGCAUUGCCUUCAGCCAGCAUGGUCGUCGCGAUUUGCCCAGCAUGCUGAGCGGAGGCGAUCUCGAUGGCGACCUGUUCAAUAUUAUCUACGAUGAGGAGCUUAUCCCACCAAACACUUACAGCCCGGCGGCGUAUCUCCCUGUGAAGCCGGUCGACAUCGGUCGAGCUGUCACGGCAGAAGAUAUGCAAGGCUUCUUUGUGGAUUUCAUGCAGAAUGACCAACUGGGGCGAAUUGCAAAUCUCCAUCAAGUCUUUGCUGAUAUCGACGGCACAUUUUCAUCCGAAUGCAUUCGACUCGCAGAAUUACAUUCGAGCGCGGUUGACUUUUCGAAAAGUGGUGUUCCUGUGGACAUCAAGCAGAUCCCAAGAGCCCCACCUUACCGCCCAGAUUUCAUGGCUCCCAGUGCCAGCACAAAAGUUGAGAAAGGCAUCAAAAGACCCAAAGACCUUGCUCCACCCAAAAAGGGUCAGACAUAUCGGUACUACGAGUCCGAGAAGAUUUUGGGACGGCUGUACAGAGCUGUUGAUGAGGAUGCAUUCUUCGACGACCUCGAAGAUGAUACUUCGUCCCUCUUUAGCAAGACAGCGACCGACAACGUCCUGGCCGAGAUCCUUGACUGGGUUCUCUUGCAGAUCGGCUCCUCGCGGAUUCGGGGGUAUCAUAACACGGCUGAGAAUAUCAAAGAGCACUACGAGUCCACUGUCCUUGAGAUAAUGUCGGUCUACGCUGUCGGUCGUACAGAACAGCUUACUGAGAAGGAGGUCCUUAUCGGUUCAAUCUUGGGUCGCUCAGGUGCAAGUAGCAAAAGCCAACGAGAACAAUCCGACUACAUGAAACGGCGUUUCAACAGCGAGCUUCGAAACCUGCGGUCUUUCAUGGAACGGCAGACUGACGACGAUCCCGACGAGUUUGUCACUCUCGCUGCUGCAUGUCUCGAUGUUGCUGUCAAUGGAUCGAAGGACCCAAAUGUCAAUCUCCGCAGCUUUGGAUGGUUUGCUGCGGGACUGUGUGUUCCCGAGAUCGUCAAAGAACAAGAUGGAAGUGUUUACGAUCUUGAGACUCACUUUUGA